AUGCCUGUGGCCCCCGUGCCUGUGCCCCCUAUUUCUGUGACCCCUGCCUGUGCCCCCCGUGGCUGUGCCCCCCGUGUCUGUGCCCCCGUGCCUGUGCCCCCUAUUUCUGUGACCCCUGCCUGUACCCCCCGUACCUGUGCCCCCCGUGCCUGUCCCCCGUGUCUGUGCCCCUUGUGCCUGUGCCCCCCUGCCUGUGUCCCCCGUGUCUGUGCCCCCCUCGUGGCUGUGACCCCCUGCCUGUGGCCCCCGGUGUCUGUGCCCCCCAUGCCUGUGCCCCCCGUGCCUGUGCCCCGUGCGAGUGCCCCCGUGCCUGUGACCCCUGUGCCUGUGCCCCCAUGUCUGUGCCUCCCUGCCUGUGCCCCCCGUGACUGUGCCCCCCAUACCUGUGCCCCCCAUGUCUGUGCCGUGUCUGUGCCCCCCAUUUCUAUGCCCCCUUGUCUGUGCCCCUCGUGCCUGCCCCCCGUGCCUGUGCCCCAUUGCCUGUGCCCCCCGUGUCUGUGCCCCCCGUGUCUGUGCCCCCCGUGCCUGUGCCCCGUUGCCUGUGCCCCCCGUGUCUGUGCCCCCUGUGUCUGUGCCCCCGUGUCUGUGCCCCGUUGCCUGUGCCCCCCGUGUCUGUGCCCCCCCGUGUCUGUGCCCCUCGUGCCUGCCUCCCGUGCCUGUUUCCCCCAUGCCUGUGCCCCCCGUGUCUGUGCCCCCCAUGUCUGUGCCCCCGUGUCUGUGCCCCCGGUGUCUGUGCCCCCGUGCCUGUGCCCCUCGUGCCUGCCUCCCGUGCCUGUUUCCCCCGUCCCUGUGCCCCCCGUGCCUGUGCCCCCCGUGUCUGUGCCCCCCGUGUCUGUGCCCCCCGUAUCUGUGCCCCUCGUGCCUGUGCUCCCCAUUCCUGUGCCCCCGUGUCUGUGCCCCCUGUGUCUGUGCCCCUGUGUCUGUGCCCCCGUGUCUGUGCCCCCCUGCCUGUGCCCCCCAUGCCUGUGCCCCCGUGCAGACACAACACCCAACAAGAAACCUUCAGAGCCCCCACCGGCAGGCCUCAGCUGCUCUGGAGUGAACUCGGACGAGUGA